AUGGGUGCCAAGGCAGCAGUGCUUUUACCCAUGCUAUGGCUCUGGCCCCUAUCAGAAGUGGCCUACCCACGGCUGCUGACUCUGAAUGACCUGAGCAAGGAAGACAGCAUCCUGAAGCACUAUGUUGAAAUCCUACAACAAAUGGCCCUGAGAGUGCCCACCCAGGGUAUCCGGGGCAAGAAGCAAGCUACUACUAUCAGCUCUGACAAGGAGAAGAAAAUCAAGGAAGGCACCGUGCAGAUCCAGGAGGAGUUCCUGAAAAGCCCGCUCUUCCUGACUUCGCAGUCUCGUAAGUCUAACAAGACCAAACAUGAGGUGCCUUUGAUGAAACAGACAGCCUGGUCUAAGGGAAAUCUGGGGCUCGAGAACUCCAUCCGGCAACCCAGGGAGCAGGACGAAAAAGAGCAAGAGAGGACAAUCAACAUGGGCACAGAGGCACCUGGCAACAUAGAGGAAAACGCAGAGUAUACAAACGAGGAUUUGGACAACUCAGAUAUGGAGAACUUGGAUUUGGAGGAUGAUGACAGUAGUGUUUUAGAGACUGAUGAAUCUGAUAGUGAGGAAAACGCACCUGAGGAUCCACCAAUGAAGAAAUCUGUGGCCUCAACUCUGGAGCUAGCUGUGCAAGUGGCUAUGGACCCUACCCAGGGACCCUCUAAGAAAGUGUUAGAGAAGCAUAUUCUCAAACCACUUGUGAAAGUAGCUCCUAAACUAGUCCAAAAAGUACCUGCCAUAUUGCAUCAUAAACUGUCUCUGGACUCAGCUUUGAAACUCAUUGAAGAAGCUUCCCAACAAGUGAAACUAGCUACCCCAGGGAAAAGGGUCAUAGUAGGACAAAUGGCUCUUGUGGCCCCGUCGGUCAUGGACUACCCAGGAACACAGUUGCACAAUUUAGGAACAGGGAUCUUGGAGCCAUCAGAGGAAGCCGAAGACCAGCAGAAUAAGGAGCAAGUGAUGGAAGAUCAAAUUCUGCAAAAAAUCUGAGACCUAAAUAAGGAGAUAAAACGUGCACUGAAAAAUGCAAAACGCCACAUAGAAUUCAAAGAUGAUGUUGAAUCUGCCCAAAAGUAUCUAGUCCAAAGCUUUUCCUUAGUAGAUGGAAGCAGCAGUGGGCAUAAGCCUCAGAAGUUAACAAAAGAAAAGGAUAAUGAUGAAAGAAUUAGGUUAUUUAUUAACUUCUUAUAUGAUUUCAAGUCUGAGCUAACUGUAUUCUUAAAUAUGACUAAUAUUCCAUUUGAUCUUCAAGGGAAAGCUACUACUGUAUUCAAUAUGAUGGAAGCAAUACUUUGUGGAAACCCAAAAAAGGGAAAUACCAUUAAAGAGUUAUUACAGGAUAAUAUAAAAAUGUUAAACAUUCUUAAUAUUACAGUGAACCCAUGA